AUGGAGGCCACCUCGGAUCCGUUCUCAUCCGCACCGGUGCUUUAUGAUGGAGAUGAUGGUGAUGAGGGGAACGAAACCUCUACCAACCUGUUCGCGCAACCCGCGUGGCAAGUGGCUCUGUGGGCGCUCGCCUACUCUCUCGUGGUGCUGGUGUCCGUGGUGGGGAACGUCACCGUGAUCUGGAUCAUUCUUGCGCACAGACGCAUGAGGACCGUCACCAACUACUUCAUCGUGAACCUGGCCUUUUCUGACGCCUCCAUGGCCACCUUUAACACCGUCUUCAAUUUCGUUUACGCGCUGCACAACGACUGGUACUUUGGUUUGGGCUACUGCAAAUUUCAGAACUUUAUCCCCAUCACUGCUGUGUUCUCCAGCAUCUACUCGAUGGCUGCUAUCGCUGUGGACAGAUACAUGGCCAUUAUCCACCCUUUGAGGUCCAGACUGUCCUCUACCACCACCAGAGUAGUGAUUGGUGUUAUAUGGGCUGUGGCUUUCUCCUUGGCCUUCCCUCAGUGUUUCUACUCAAGCACCAAGGUCUAUUCGCACCGCACAGUCUGCAUGGUGGAAUGGCCUGAUGACUACGGCGGAAAGCACCAGCUCACGUACCAGAUUGCUGUCAUUAUCCUGAUCUACUUGCUCCCCCUACUGGUGAUGCUAGUGACAUACAGUAUGGUGGGUCAACGUCUAUGGGGCAGUACGAUCCCCGGAGAGGCAUCAGACCACUACCAGAACCAGAUUCAGGCCAAGCGCAAGGUCGUGAAGAUGAUGAUUGUUGUGGUGACAACCUUUGCUAUAUGCUGGCUCCCCUAUCAUAUCUACUUCAUCCUGGGCAGCUUCAAGAAGGAUAUAUACAACCAGCAUUACAUCCAGCAGGUCUACUUGGCCAUCUUCUGGUUAGCUAUGAGUUCCACCAUGUACAACCCCAUCAUAUACUGCUGCCUGAACCAACGACGCCUGCUGCUUCUCCUCAGAUUCCGGUCAGGUUUCCGGCAUGCGUUCCGCUGGUGCCCAUUCAUCAGGAUCUCAGAGGAGGAUAACAUGGAGCUGCAGCACAUGAGAACCUUCCGGACAACACGCAGCUGUCGAACAGAUACCGCCAGUGUCAUGGUGCGGAACCAUGUCAAUUUGCCAGAGGAGGUUAUGUCUGUGCUGAUUAAAUCCUAGGCUCGCUUCACUGAAGGCUCAAGACAGAGGCCCUGAAAAAGAAAUGUGCUGAGCAGUCACACUAACUCCAAAUACCUCACUGCGAACUUUAAUACAGAUAAGUUUAAUAUGGAUGUUGUU